AUGGCUUUCGAAAACCUCGCUUCAUCAUGUCUGCUUGCCAAAGACAGUAACGCUCGAUUCUUGGCUUCUGCAUUGGUCUACGAUAUGGCAUUGUUCGACCACAAUUCCAGACUGGAAGAUGAGCCUGACAAGCUGAAGAUCAGUGCAAUGGAAAACCUCGAAGCUGCAUUAAUCGAAGCCGUCAUCAAUGAACGAGAGAGCAAGGAGACGCUCCAUGGCCUACUACUUGCGUUGGGUAUGCUCCUCUACUCCGCAGAUAUCGAGGGAUCGACAUGGGAACUCUGUAGGGCUAUGGACGUCAGGCAAGCCCUGCAAGAGAAAGGCAAGAUGCCUCUCUUCAAAGGAGAGACACUUAUUCAGGAGGUUGCAGAAGAACUCCUUGGAAGAGGUGAUAAGCGAUAA